AUGUAGGGAUUAAACAAUUAAAACUACAACCCAGGAGGCAGACCAAAAACCUUAAUUUGUUAUAUUUGCGGAAGAGAGUAUUAAAAAUUAUUAAAAUAGAUAUGGGACAAAAAGUUUAGAGAUUCAUCUUAAGACUUGCCAGGAGAAGUUUCUUAUGGAGGAAGCGAAAGUAUUGUUUUCAAUAUUUCUUCAAUAGAAACCAAAAAAUUAAAGGAGACCUUUACCAUAACCUCCAAAAGCUAUAGGUGGAAGUGGAAAUUAUGAUACGGAAUCGUAUAAUGAGCAAGCAUUUAGUGCAUAUAAAGAAUAGAGUCUUGAGAAAUGCGCAUAUUGUGGAAGAACGUAAAAAAAUAUGAGUUAUCACUAGUUUCAAUAGAGAAAGUUAUCCUAUCCAUUUAAAAAUUUGUAAACCAGAUAAACCAUUUAAGCCUCUUCCUGGAUUUGUUUAGAAUCCAAAAGAAGUCCAGUAAUAAAUGAAUAGGGAUAAUGGAGGAGCUUAAUAAGGAAAAUCAAAUUCUAAUGGCUAUUCAGGAGAAUAUAAGGCUCCUGUUAGACCAAAGACUUUGGUAUGCUACAUAUGUGGGAGAGAAUAUGGUACUAAAUCUUUGGGAAUUCAUAUACCUUAAUGCAAAGAAAUGUUUAUUGUGUAGGAAAUGAAGAAACCAAAGGCAGAGAGAAGAAACCCUCCAACCACUCCAAGAGGCCUGUGGGAUUUAUUAAAUAAAGAAGACAUUACUAUGGAAGACAUUAUUGCAUAUAAUAAUGGAGUAAUUGAUGUAUAUUAAUAAUUUACAGGCAUUUAAUAAAUACAAUAAAGAAGCCUUAGUUGCUUGUAAGAAUUGUGGUAGAACAUUCAAACCAGAAGCUCUGGAGCAUCAUGUAAAGGCUUGUACUGCUGAUAACCCUUUCAAAGCUCUAGAUGCUGUUGAAGAGGGAGGUACAGUUGAAUUAGUCCCUUGUAAGAAAUGUGGAAGGAAAUUCUUACCAUCAAGGGUUGAAAAACACGAAAGCAAUUGUAAAGAUAUAAAGGGAGCAUCAUAAACAUAAGCAAAUGGAUUUUAGAAAUAAUAAUAAUAAUAAUAAUAAUAAUAAUAAUAUUAACAAGAAUAAAAUUAAAUCUUUGAAACUCCAUAAUAAAAUCAAAAAUAAUAAUCUAAGUAAGUUUAAAAAUAAUAAAGUUUUUCAAAAACUUCUGUUAAUUUUAAUGAUAAAAGUUUGAAAUGUAAAUCUUUUUAAACCAUUUUUAGGCUAUAAAUGUUUUUAAGAUUGUAAUAAUGUAUAAGAUUUGAAACAACAUGUGUAGAAUUGUAAAAAUUAAGGUAUGAAACCUUAAAUUUAUGAUGAUUUAAUAUAAAUACCAAAUCCAUCUUAAGCCUUAUAAACUAUUUAUAUGAGCUCAGUGUUUGAGAAUUUUAAAAAAGAUGACCAUAAAAAUUAAAACCUUAAUGAAUAACCAAAAUAAAUGCCCAAAUAAUAACCUUAACAGUAAUAAAAAUAAUCAAUAUAAAAUUAAAAUAAUUAUUCUGAUGAAGAUCAAUAAAAUUAAGAAGAUGAACUAGAUUUAAUUACAUGUGAAAAAUGUGAGAGAAGAUUUGCAUAAGACAGAAUAAAAAAACAUAUGAAAGUUUGCAAAGGCAAAUAAUAUUUUGAAAAAAAAGAACAUAUUGUUGAAGUUUAAAAGGCUCCUAAAACUGGAUGGAGGAAAUAUCAUGAAGAAUUUAUUAAUACUGUAAAAUAUAACAGACAACUUAAAAAAAUAUAAGAGGAAGGAGGUGAUAUUAAAUAAUUGGGACCUCCUCCUGUAUCUUCAAAUAGCAAUUAUAUUUAAUGUCCUUACUGUAAAAGAAAAUUUGAUCCAAGUAAGGCUGAUAAACAUAUUUCUAUAUGUUAAAAUGUAGUAAAUAAACCAAAAACUAUCCAAGAAAAGAAAUAAAAUUAACAAUUACCCGUAUCUUAAUAAUAAUAAUAGUAAUAAACUCAAUAAAACUAUUUGCAAUAAUAAAAAAUUCAACAUUCAAAUUAAUAACAACAAAAUACAUCUAAUCCAACAUAUGGAAGGGUAUUUUAAUUGAAUGAUGAAAAUCCAUUAUAAUAAUAAUAAUAAUUGAAAUCUUCUUAGACAAGAUAAUCAAUUACUUCAUAAAAAACUCCAUAACCUCCUUCAAAAGCAACAAAUCAAUAAUAGCAAUUAUUAUCUCCACCCUAACCUAGUAAUCAAUUUAGAAUAAGAUCACCAUAAUCGACAUAAAAAACAUAAUAAGUGAAAUAAUCAUCAAAUCCUACAAAAAUUGAAAACAAUAUAUUCCGACCUCCAACUUUUGGAAGAACCUAAGAAUUAACUAAACCUAAUUCUUAAUUGUAAUUAAAACCUUUAAGUUAAAAUUAGAAUAUGUUUAAAAAAUUUUGA